GGCCGGGCCGGGAGCUGCCCGCCCCGGCAGCGCCAUGGGCAGAAAGCGCAGAGCAUCGCCCCGGCCCGCGGCCACCAAAAAGAGGCGCUCUGGGCGGCUGCGAAAGGAGGAGAAGGAAAAGGAGGAGGAGGAGGAUGAUUUUGAAGACAAAAAGCCCAGUGUAAGGAAAAACUCAAAAGCUCCAGCUAGGAAAAAGGAAGAAGAUUGUGAUACUGAAGUUUCCAACGCAGCAAAAACUUCCAAACCUUCAAAACAGGAAAAGGCAAAAUCACAAAUAAAAGAAAAUAAAAAGAAUGCGAGAAAUAAAGAGAAUUGUAUCAAAGAGGAAACAUGCAGUGACUCACUGGAGCGUCCUCAGAAGGAGAUGAAGUUAAAGGCAGAAUCUCCUGUUAAAAAAGAGAUGGCUGAAGACAAUACUGACAACGAUGAUGAUGAUGAUGAUGAUGAUGAAAGUGAAGAUGAAUGGGAGGAUGUGGAAGAACUUCAGGAACCUGCUACAGAUAAGUUAGAAGAAGCUGUUGUUCUUCCAUCAGUUGGACUGCCAAGCAAUCCUGUUGAGAUAGAGAUUGAAACCCCAGAGCAGGUGAAGAAAAGAGAGAGGAGAGAAAAAAGAAAAGCUGAGUUUGAGAUGUACCUUCGGAGAAUGAUGAAACGCUUCAGCAAGGAGGUUCGUGAGGACACACAUAAGGUUCACUUGCUAUGUUUAUUAGCAAAUGGUUUCUAUAGGAACAGGGUCUGCAGCCAGCCAGAUCUCCUCGCCAUCGGUCUGUCCAUCGUCCCUGCCCGCUUCACCCAAGUGCCCGCAGGCCAAGUGGGCCUUGUCUACCUUUCCAACUUGGUGAAAUGGUUUGUUGGAACCUUCACUGUCAAUGAUGAGCUUUCCACUGAAAAAGGAGAGCCCCUUCAGUCAACACUGGAGAGGAGGUUUGCCAUCUAUGCUGCACAGGAUGAUGAGGAGCUUGUUCAUAUAUUUUUAAUUAUUCUGCGAGCAUUACAGCUGCUGUGUCGCCUCGUGCUGUCUUUUCAGCCCAUUCCUCUCAAGGAGACAAGACCAAAGUCUUUUUUUUUUGCCAUAUUCUUAGCUGUAGUGAUAAAGGUGACCUGGCCUGUUUCUCUGCAGGGAAAGAGCUCAUCCCAGAGGCUGUCUCAGAGCAGCACCUCUGAGGGGCAGGGGAGAGCUGCCACAACACCCAAAGGUGUGGCAAAAAAAUGCCCCUGCAAAACAGCCAGGCAGGAUGACAAAUACUCAGAGAGCAAAGAAAACAACAAGGAGCCAAAGAAACCCCAAACUGCCCAGACUGAAAGGACACAUAAGUCAAAGCCAACCAAAGGCAGACAGGAACAGAAGGAAUCAAGAAAUGAGGCUGGUUCAGCAGAAAAAGAUGUGCCAGUCAGGCCCAAGAACGACCGCCGAAGACGAGUGGCCUCCAAAGUGUGUUACAAGGAAGGGAGUGGAAGUGAUGACGGCAGUGCUUCAGAAUUUGAGGUUUCAGAGGAGGAGAGUGAUCUUUCUGAUGAGGAUUUUGAAACUGUCCCUAAAAGGCGGAGGAGCUCACAGGCCUCCCAGAAUUCAAAGCUGACAACUAUAAAAAGGUCAAAAACUGAGACUUCAGAAACAAGGCAGUCAAAAAAUUCAUAUGGAGCUGAGACUAAGCCAGCAAAAAGUACAGCUCCAGGCUUGCCUCAAGCACAGAAGAAGAGAAACAAAAUCAUUUCUAGUGAUGAGGAUGAUGGACAGCAGGAGGUGAGGAAAGCAGUGGGCACAGACCAGUGGCUGGAGGUUUUCCUUGAAUCUGAGGACAAGUGGGUUUGUGUAGACUGUGUUCAUGGCAAUGUGGGCCAGCCCCAGCUGUGCUUUGCACAUGCCACAAAGCCGCUUUUCUAUGUUGUGGGGUUUGACAAUGAUGGGAGUGUCAGGGAUGUGACACAGAGAUACGAUCCAGCGUGGAUGACCUCAACAAGGAAGAGCCGUGUGGACCCAGAGUGGUGGGAAGAGACACUGCAGCCGUAUGCAAGUCCCUAUGUGGAGAGAGACAAGAAAGAAGAAAAUGAGUUUCAAGUGAAGCUCCAAGAUCAACCUCUACCAACAGCAAUUGGAGAGUACAAAAACCACCCACUCUAUGCACUGAAGAGACACCUCUUGAAAUUCCAGGCCAUCUAUCCCGAGUCAGCUGCUAUCUUGGGGUACUGCAGGGGAGAGGCUGUCUACUCCAGAGACUGCAUACACACACUGCACUCCAGGGACACUUGGCUGAAGCAAGCUCGAGUGGUGAGGAUUGGAGAAGUGCCUUACAAGAUGGUGAGAGGCUUUUCCAACCGGGCGAGGAAGGCGCGCCUGGCCGAGCCGGCAAACCGGGACCAGAAGGACCUGGCGCUGUUUGGCCGCUGGCAGACAGAGGAGUACCAGCCUCCCAUCGCAGUGGAUGGAAAGGUUCCUCGAAAUGAAUAUGGAAAUGUCUAUCUGUUCUUGCCAUCCAUGUUACCUGUUGGCUGCGUGCAGCUGAAACUUCCAAACCUGAACAGAGUGGCACGAAAGUUGAACAUUGACUGUGCUCAGGCUGUCACUGGAUUUGAUUUUCAUGGAGGCUACUCACACGCAGUCACUGAUGGGUAUGUGGUGUGUGAGGAGUAUAAAGAGGUCCUUGUUGCUGCCUGGGAGAAUGAACAAGCAGAAAUAGAAAAGAAGGAGAAGGAGAAGCGUGAGAAAAGAGCUCUAGGGAAUUGGAAGCUGCUGACAAAAGGGCUUCUCAUCAGAGAGAGACUGAAGCAACGCUACUCCAUCAAGACUGAGCCAUCAGCACCUGAUACAGAGAAAGGAGGGGGAUUCUCUUCUGAUGAAGAAGGAGCUCCGAGCUCAGAGAGUGCCGUGGAGAACACGGCCAUUUAUUGGCCCCAAAAUCGCCAGCUAGAGAAGCAAGAAGAGAAAACAACCAAAAAGAGCAAGCGAGAAAAGAGAGGAGAAGCCGCUCAAUUGUUCCCUUUUGAGAAAUUGUGAUGACAAGCUUUUCUUUGCUGUUCUCAGAUGCAGGAAAAAGAGUCAUGAUAAGUUUCUUUUACCAAUUAGGGCCUUAGGGUCUUCCUGUGCACUUGUGUUUCUGAGCUGUCACGGACCAACCUAAUUCAGUAUCCAGUUUCCUUUGAGAUAACAGGAAUCACAUAAAUAUCGGUAGAUUUUUCCUUUUGUCCUUGGACUUGGGAGAAGAGCUGCACCUUUUGAGAUCACUUCGCUUUGUUGAGGUUUUUGCUUUUUUUUGUAUCACUCAGUUGAGUUUCCUGAGGCACUCCUGUCAUCAGCAGCCUCUUCCCAUUUUUCUCAUUUUCAUUUUCCUGCUCGCUCAGAACUAAAGCAUCCAGCUGCUUUUUACCUGUGUACAGAGAGGUGUCCAAAGGAAUGCUGAUGCCUGCUUUGAUCCAUAGCUUACCCAAAUUAGUGGUGAGGCAGAGUUCUUGGCCUUUCUGUCUUAAGGGGAAAUACUUCCUUCAAGGUGUAAAAAUCCCCCCACAAUCAGGAGGAUUGAAUACUUUCUAAAGAAUACUUGCAUUUUGUGAUGCAAGUUUGGCUUUUCAGCCUACCAUCUUCCUUUACUCUCAGAGAUCUUGUGCUAUGGAAGUCUCAGAGAAGGCCUGUCGUUAUUACAAACUCAAGGUUCAAUAUGCCUUCUUAAACAAUUUGAAUAUAUACAUAUUUGCUUCUGUUGCUUAUCAAGAUCCUGUGCUGGAGCAAAACAUGUAAAACUGGCUAAAUCUCACUGCUGCAACAAGAUUCACUGAAAUCACAGAAUUCUUGUAAUCCAGUACCAUAGCGUUAAAAAACUGUUGAGAGAGGAAUGUUAAAUCUAUAUAAGUUUUUCCUGCACUUUUGGAGUAGAAAUACUGAUCUGUCUUUGGCAGUGUUAUGUAUCUAAAUUCCACUGACAUAGUCUCUUCUAAAAUGGAGGGGAAAACUAUUUAGUCAUUACUGGACAUUGUCACAGAGACCGAAAUGUAAUAAAAUGGCUUUCAUGUAAUUAUGUUCAGAAAAUCUAUUUUUGUACUGUAUUUGCAGAUCAAAAUAAAGUUAAAAAAAAAGAAUGUGUUUGUCUGUCUUCAGAAUGCACAGGUAACCCCCGCAGUCUCCUUAAAAUACAAGAGGCUGUAGCAGUCAGGUUGAACCAUCAUAUUUUUUAAAUAGAGGCAAGGAAGUGACCAACUUCUCGGGUCAGUAGUGAGUAAAUCUAUGGCAAGCUGGCAGCAGUACACAGACCAGAGAGCAGCUUCCCAAAAGGGAAAUAUUUGCAGGACAAACAAGACCUAUCAAUAGGAAACUAGUUCUUGUGGAAGCUACAAACUAACUUUCCACCUACCUGGAUUAUUCCUGGGUAUAAAACAUGCAAUACUUGAAUAUAAUAAAAAGCCUACAGGCCAACCUUUUGAAAAAUGUAUUUUAUUAAAUAUACAAAAGCUCAGCACUUCUGUAGAAAAUUGUCACUUCACUUCCAAUAAGUAAUGGUGGUUAAUAUGCUGCAUCACAGGCAAAACAGCAGCAGUUCAAAGGCAGUUUCUCUGCCCUGUGGAGCACAAUUCCUGACAGCAUGAGAUGGUGCUGCUGAGCAGCAGCACCACUGCCACGUACCAGUGCAUGCACAAGGCCAUCUCCUGUACCUGCCUUUCACCAGCAGGACAGAGCUGUGAGACCAAACUGAUAACACUCAAAUACCAAAAGAAUGGAAGUAAUUAAGACUAAUAAAGUAAUUAUAAAUUCUCAAAAAAAAAAAAAAAAAGUGAUUUCUAGCUCAGAUUUCUAUUUCAGUAUCUAUUUCUAGCAAAUAUUUGCUCCAAUGUAUGUUCAAGUUCUUUGGUACAGAGAACACUCUUCUGAUGGACAUAAAUAGACUUCAUAAGAGAAAACAUGAUUUUUGUACUGAAUUGUGUAUACUUACAAAAUCCCCCAAAACACACUAGUAUAGGGAGGCCCAUCUGGAAGCCAGACUAGCUUGGUGGAGAGACUUCAGGGUGUCUCUAACCUUAAGUACUGGUUACAGCAGAUAAACAUGAGCCACCACAACACUACAUGGCAUUCCUCUAACAUGAUACAAAACUAACAAUUUAGGCUACUAAAAUAUAUGAAAACUAAUCAGGCAAAAAUAUUUCCAUUACUUAAUUACAUGGAGUAUGUUCAUUGUCCUUACUAAGUGAAAUUAAAGAAAGGAACAGUAUACAGAGAAAAAAAAA